CGCAUCCAAUCCAAUCCACUCCUUCUUCCUCAUCCAAUCGUCUCGUCCACCCGAAUCAUGGACGACUACGACGAGUUCGGCAAUUACAUUGGCCCCGUGAGCGACUCGGACGAUGAAUCCGAGGACCUUCAUCAACCAGCUCCCCUCGAAGGAUUCGACGAUGACGACGAUCAAGGUGCAGAUCGCAUGUCAGGUAUCGAGGACGAUGGAGAGGAGGAAGAAGAGCGCAUAGACCCCGCGACUGCCCUCAUCAGAGUCGACGAAAAUCCGCAGAACGCAGUCGUGCUGCACGAGAACAAAAAGUACUAUCCGUCAGCAGCUGAGGUCUACGGCGAAGAUGUAGAGGCAAUGGUACAGGAAGAGGAUGCGCAACCCCUCUCACAGCCCAUCAUUGAGCCGGUCAAGGUGCGCAGGUUUGCCAUCGAAGAGAAGGACCUACCUGUCACGCGCUUCGAUCGCGACUAUAUGAUGAGCUUGAUGGGGUUCCCUGAAAUGGUCAGGAAUGUCAUUGUGGCGGGACAUCUGCAUUCGGGCAAGACUGGUUUCAUGGACAUGCUCGUUGAGGAGACGCACAAGGUGGAAAUCGACAUCGACCGCAACACCCGCUACACCGACUCGCACCUCCUCGAGCGCAGUCGUGGCAUCAGCAUCAAGUCAGCUCCACUCUCGCUCGUCCUUCCCACUACUCGCGGCAAGUCAUAUCUUUGCAAUCUCAUCGAUACCCCUGGUCACGUCAACUUCCAGGAUGAGGUGGCGGCAGCCAGCCGCAUGGCAGAUGGCGUCGUACUCGUGGUAGACGUCGUCGAAGGCAUCAUGUCUGGCGCUGAAGCAGUGAUUCAGCAUGCCAUCCGCGAAGGCCUCUCCAUCGUCCUCGUCCUCAACAAGAUCGACCGCCUCAUCCUAGAACUGCGCCUGCCCCCCGCCGAGGCCUACUUCAAGAUUCGCCACGCAAUUGACGAGGUCAACCACGUCAUUGCUACGCACGACACCGAUUCUGAGCGCAAACUGGGUCCUGAGCGAGGCAAUGUCAUCUUCGCCUCGACGCAGGGAGGCUGGUCUUUUACGCUGCGUUCCUUCGCCCGCCUCUAUUCGGACACCUACGGUGGCAUUGACGUAGACGAGUUUGCCAAGCGAUUAUGGGGCAACAUCUACUACAACGAGGAGUCGAGAAACUUCUCGAGAAAGGCAGCCGAUCCGCAGAGCAAGCGCAGCUUUGUCACCUUCAUCCUUGAGCCGCUCUACAAGCUCUAUACUCAGGUGCUCUCGAGCGAUACCGACUCGCUCAAGCGUACGCUUGCCAAGCUGGGCAUCAACCUCAAGCCUGCCGUCUUCAAGAUUGAUGUGCGUCCGUUGCUCAAGAUCGUCCUCAACCACUUCUUUGGGCCUAGCACGGGGAUUAUGGACGCCAUUGCCCAGCACGUGCCGUCGGCCAAGGAUGCAGCGGCUCGCAAAGUCGCGCAGACCUGGACCGGUCCAUUGAAGGAGGGGCUUGCUGAGAGCAUGAUCAAAUGCAGCGCCGAUGGGCCUUUGGUCAUGCACGUCGCCAAGCUGUAUCAGACUCUCGAUGCGCAGGAGUUCAGAGCCUACGCUCGUGUCAUGAGCGGGACAGUGCACGUUGGAGACCGGGUCAAAGUGUUGGGCGAAGGCUUCUCUCAGGAGGACGACGAGGACAUGGUCAUGGCCACGGUCGAGGGAGUUUGGGUCAGCGAGACUCGCUACUACGUCCCCGCCGAGGGUAUUCCAGCAGGCUCCUUUGCCCUGCUCGGCGGCAUCGAUGCCUCGAUCACCAAGACGGCUACCGUCGUGUCACCUUCCAUCCCUGAUGACCAGCUCUAUACCUUCCGCCCAUUGAACCACAUCACCCAAUCAGUCCUCAAGGUCGCAGUCGAGCCGUUGAAUCCAUCUGAGCUGCCGAAGAUGCUCGAGGGGCUCCGCAAGAUCAACAAAUCCUACCCCUUGGCAGUGACCAAGGUCGAGGAGAGUGGGGAGCACAUCAUUCUGGGAACGGGAGAGCUCUACCUGGAUUGCGUCUUGCAUGAUCUCCGCCAUCUCUUUAGCGAGAUCGAGAUCAAGGUGUCGGACCCAACGGUCCGAUUUGCAGAGACGGUGGUGGAGACUAGUGCCGUCAAGUGCUAUGCGCAGACGCCCAACAAGCGAAACAAGAUCACCAUCAUCGCCGAGCCGCUGGAGAAGGGCAUUGCAGAGGAUAUCGAGUCCGGCCGGCUCAACACGCGCCUACCUCCACGCGAGCUUGGGAAGGCUUUCGUGGAGCGCUACGAUUGGGACGUUCUGGCUUCGCGUUCCAUCUGGGCGUUCGGACCAGACGAGGGGGGACCUAACAUCCUCGUCGAUGAUACAUUGCCCUCGGAGGUGGACAAGCAAACACUGUAUGCUGUCCGCGAGGCAAUUAAGCAGGGCUUCCAGUGGGGAACACGCGAGGGGCCUCUUUGCGACGAGCCGGUGCGAAACGUCAAGGUCCGCAUCCUCGAUGCUGAGCUGGAUCCUGAGCCUAUGUACCGCAAUGCGGGGCAGAUCAUUCCAACUGCACGACGAUGCCUUUACGCGUCCUUCCUUCUGGCCACGCCGCGACUCAUGGAGCCCAUCUACGCGGUAGAGGUACAGGCACCGGCAGACUGUGUCUCUGCAGUAUACACGGUGCUCGCACGGCGAAGAGGCCACGUAGUACAAGACGUGCCCAAAGCGGGUACCCCCCUCUUUACGGUCAGGGCCUUCGUCCCCGUCAUCGACGCCAAUGGUUUCGAGACUGAUCUUCGAACCGUCACGCAAGGCCAGGCAUUCUGCCUCCAGUCCUUCUCACAUUGGAGCGUGGUACCGGGCGAUCCUACGGACACGACCAUCAAGUUGAGGCCGCUGGAGCCCGCCCCACCAUUGGGACUGGCGAGGGACUUUGUGCUCAAGACGAGGAGAAGGAAAGGGCUGAGUGAUCAGAUUGCUGCUUCGAGUUAUCUGGAUCAGGAGAUGGUGGUUGCGCUUGCUGCGAGUGGAUUCGAGCUGAGCUAGAAUAGUGGAGGUGCGCUGCGGAGCAUUCCUUGUACUGUAUUCAUUAAAAAGCAUCAUCAUUGCCUGUCUUUGCG